AUGCGUGAAAUUUGUCACUUGCAAGCUGGCCAAUGUGGAAAUCAAAUUGGUGCAAGUUUUGGGAAGUAA